UCUUUAGUCUAAUAUAACAGGCUGGCUACGCAAGGCCCUGGAAACGGAUAAGAAAGACUGGCAAAAGGAAACAGAGCCUGAGGCUGAUCAAGACGGAUACUAUCAGACCACGCUGCCGGCCAUCGUCUUUCAGAUGUUUGAGCAGAACCUACAAGUCGCCGCACAGAUCGAUGGAGAUUUUAAAGAAAAGGUUCUGAAGCUUUGCCUGAAACAAAUGAACACUUUCCUUAUCAGGUACAGGGAGGAGGCGGUGAGCUACAAAGAAGAGCAUCUGAGAGACAGGCAGCUGCCUCAGUGUUAUGUACAGUAUAUGAUAGCCAUCAUUAACAACUGCCAGACAUUUAAGGAGUCCAUCAACAGUCUGAAGAGGAAGUACUCUCAGUCAUCAGAGCCCACUGACAGUGACGCUGCCAUAGAGAGGACGCUCAAUGAGGUGGCAAAGGAGGGUUGCCAGUUCCUGUUAGAUGAAGUUUUCCUUGAUCUUGAGAGUCACUUGAACGAACUGCUGACCAGGAAGUGGCUGACAGGCUCUCAUGCUGUGGAUACCAUCUGUGUGACGGUGGAGGACUAUUUCAAUGACUUCAACAAGAUUAAGAAACCUUUCAAUCAGGAGAUGACGAGCGAGGCCCUGCGCAGGGUGGUCGUCGAGUACAUUAAAGCAGUGAUGCAAAAGAGGAUCACUUUUAAAAACCCUGACGAGAGAAAGGAGGGAGCUGAAAGGAUGAUGAAGGAAGGCGUCAGCAUAGCCUCUGUACUGCUCACUGCACUAUCGCUGCCCGUGGUGAAGGCGCAGGACGCCUCAGAUAAUAUCACCACAUGA